UCCGCCGCCGCCCGUCGCUGCCCGCCGCUGCCCGCGCCCCCGAACCGCUCCGCGGUGCCGCCGGACCAGCAUCAUGUCGCUGUCGCGCACGGAGGAGAUGCAUCGGCUCACGGAAAAUGUCUACAAGACCAUCAUGGAGCAGUUCAACCCCAGCCUCCGGAACUUCAUUGCCAUGGGGAAGAACUAUGAGAAAGCUCUGGCAGGUGUGACCUACGCUGCCAAAGGCUAUUUUGACGCCCUCGUGAAGAUGGGUGAGCUAGCCAGCGAGAGCCAGGGCUCUAAAGAACUCGGAGACGUUCUCUUUCAGAUGGCCGAGGUCCACAGGCAGAUUCAGAAUCAGUUGGAAGAGAUGCUGAAGUCUUUCCACAAUGAGCUGCUCACGCAGCUGGAGCAGAAGGUGGAGCUGGAUUCCAGGUACCUGAGCGCCGCGUUGAAGAAAUACCAGACAGAGCAAAGGAGCAAGGGUGACGCGCUGGACAAGUGCCAGGCUGAGCUGAAGAAACUCCGCAAGAAGAGCCAGGGCAGCAAAAACCCGCAGAAGUACUCGGACAAGGAGCUGCAGUACAUCGACGCGAUCAGCAACAAGCAGGGUGAGCUGGAGAACUACGUGUCGGACGGCUACAAGACAGCCCUGACGGAGGAGAGGAGAAGGUUCUGCUUCCUGGUGGAGAAGCAGUGCGCCGUGGCCAAGAACUCCGCCGGCUACCACUCCAAGGGCAAGGAGCUGCUAGCACAGAAGUUGCCACUGUGGCAACAGGCCUGCGCCGACCCCAACAAGAUCCCAGACCGCGCGGUGCAGCUGAUGCAGCAGAUGGCCGGGAGCAACGGCUCCGUCCUCCCCAGCGCCCUGUCGGCCUCCAAGUCCAGCCUGGUCAUCUCAGACCCCAUCCCGGGGGCCAAGCCCCUGCCGGUGCCCCCUGAGCUGGCCCCGUUUGUGGGGCGGCUGUCUGCCCAGGAGAGCACGCCCGUCAUGAAUGGCGUCUCGGGCCCCGAUGGUGAGGACUACAGCCCCUGGGCCGACCGCAAGGCCGCCCAGCCCAAGACCUCGUCUCCUCCACAGUCCCAGAGCAAGCUGAGCGACUCCUACUCCAACACGCUCCCCGUGCGCAAGAGCGUGGCUCCGAAGAACAGCUACGCAGCCACUGAGAACAAGACCCUGCCGCGCUCCAGCUCCAUGGCGGCCGGCCUGGAGCGCAACGGCCGCAUGCGGGUGAAAGCUAUCUUCUCUCACGCGGCCGGAGACAACAGCACCCUGCUGAGCUUCAAGGAGGGAGAUCUCAUCACCCUGCUGGUGCCUGAGGCCCGCGACGGCUGGCACUACGGGGAGAGCGAGAAGACCAAAAUGCGGGGCUGGUUUCCCUUCUCCUACACCCGGGUUCUGGACAGCGAUGGCAGCGACAGGUUGCACAUGAGCCUGCAGCAGGGGAAAAGCAGCAGCACGGGGAACCUGCUGGACAAGGAAGAGCUAGCCCUCCCGCCCCCCGACUACGGCACAGCCUCCCGCGCCUUCCCUGCCCAGGCAGCCGGCACCUUCAAGCAGAGGCCCUACAGUGUGGCCGUACCUGCCUUCUCCCAGGGUCUAGAGGACUACGGAGCGCGGGCUGUGAGCAGUGCCGAUGUGGAAGUGGCCAUAUUUUGAGCUGACCCUGACUAGAGUUAGUAAGUUGCCCUGGUUUUCUCGUGCUGGUCGGUCUGCCUUCCCAGUGGUUCUGCAGACCCUCUGGCCUCGGCCCUGGCAGGUGGGGACUGGGCACGAGGGUCUGCUGAGCCUGCCUCUGCUCUGGGCUCUGGGCUUUUCGCUUCCUCUUGGAUUGCUCUUCGGGCUCUGGGAUUUCCUCCCUCUGUCUGGAAGCCUGUGGGCCUGACUGGCUGCGCCCCUGCACCCGCGGCCCCUCCCUGCACCGCUGGGCAUGGUCCGGCCCUGGCCCUCUGCCUGGGUCUCCUGCCUCUGUGGGGCGCUUCGGCCACAAUCAGGGGGAAGCCCAGUGAUCGGCCGGGAGGCCAGCUUUGGGCUCCUUUGGCCGGGUGUCCCCUCGGACCGGCCCCUGUGGGUGUGGGUCUGAGCCCGGCCUGGCCGGCUCUCUGGUUGGUGAGUACUGCAGCCUCUCGGGGGGCCGGGGACACCAGGGUCGGUCUUGGGGACAGCUCCAUGGCUCAUGCCCACGUGGGUGUCUCGGGCACACCAGAGCAGGUGGACUCAGACUCCGCUGUCUGCUCUGCCUGGACUCACCUCGCACCUGCCCUGACGUGGCUCCACGAGGCUGCAGCAGGCUUUCCAGACCAGGCCUUCAGCCACCAUGUGUGGGUGCCCUGGCUGGCCUUCUACAGCCCAUCCUGUGACGGUCCCUUGCACUCAGCCCUGGGAAAGCAAGCGCCAACAGCCAACGAGGGGGAGCCCCGCACUCUGGGCCCCUGUGCCUGGGAGAGGACACACCGCUGCCACCUGUCCCCACCCCCACCCAGUCACCGAGAAGUUUGCCCCAUGAAGCUGGCACCUGCAUCCUCCGUACCCCACGGAGCACCCCAGCAAUGUGGUCCUCCCCAAGGGCAGUGACUGCCCCAACAGGUCCUGGACUCACUCGCCUUUCAAUGUGUCUGAGCUGCAGUGUGAGGAACUUCUGGAAAGUUCUGGAGACAAAUGCUCCUGACAUUUGGGGACAGGGUGGAAAGGCCUUCCCUGCCUCGAGGUUCCUCCUCUUCCAAGAGGCCCUAAGAGGCCUGCACCUCCCACCCCCACUGCCCCUGCAGCCCCCGUUGCUCUGGAGGCCAGCCUGGCCUCUGCCUGAGCCCUGGUCCCCAGUGUAGGGCAGUCCCCCGGCCCCCGGGGGUGCCGUGGGCAUCCGCACCACGCCACCAGCUGGCUUCCCCGCCAAAGAACCAGCCCGGCCCGGAGACUGGAGAUUCAGCCGGGGGUGGGAGUCAGAAGCCCCUGGGUUGGUUGAGGCGCCCCGGCCGGCUCUGCUGAGCUGUGCCCCCCGAGGUGCGGUCCUGGCGUAGAGCAAGGUGGACUCAACCCCAGGAGGGCCAGCAUCCUGGAGGCAUGAGAACCGCUUGUGCCUCAGAGGAGAACGUUCCGGAGAAAGUGGACAUCUGCCCCAGCUGCUCUCCGCUCCUUCUGCUCCAGAGUCACGGGAGGAUGGAAACCGCACCCCGAAACAGCUUUUUCACACUCAUGCAGUGAACUCAAGACAGUUACAGGCCACUCCUUAAACCCACGCAAGAUCUGAAUGGGAAGGUGCUGGGCCUCGGCGCUCAGCACCCGCCCUUGGGCCUUAGGGUUUGCAGAAAGGGGGCCCUGCGGUGCCCCGAAGGGUGGCCCCUGGAACCCAGUACUGGAUCUGCCCCCCACGGUGGGGUCCCGGCUUGGGAGCUAGCCACAGUCCUGCUCCGCCGAGUGUAGAUCCAUUCCCUGUCCGAGGGCCUGCCCCGGAGUCCU